AGUGUAAGAAAACAAAUAUGGCGGAAGAUAAAAUAGGUUCGUUGGAAGAAGAAGCUUUAAAAAGAAAAGAACGUUUACAAGCUUUGAAAAAGAAGACUGAAGAAAAUAAAGAAAAUAAGAAUGAAAGUGCUAGUAAAUUACCGAAACCAAAAUUUCGAAGUUAUAAACCACAAGAUGAAAGUCUUAAAGAUAAAGUAUUAGAAGAUGCAAAACCAGGUAACGUAGAAGAGGAAGUAAAAGAUCAAUUAAGUGCUGCAAAUACGAAAGUUGUUAUUGAAGAACUUGAUAUCAGCAAUCUUGCCCCUAGAAAACCAGAUUGGGAUUUAAAACGAGAUGUUGCUAAGAAAUUAGAAAAAUUGGAAAGAAGAACUCAAAAAGCAAUAGCAGAACUUAUAAGAGAACGUCUUAAACAAGGGCAGCAUGAUCUAGCUGCUGUGGUGAAUAUGGCAACUAAAGAUCAAAUAGAAUCAUCAACUUAAUAUCAUUAAUAAUAUAAUUUUUAGAUGUAUAUAUAAUGUAUGUAUAUAUUUAAUUAUAAUAUUUAGAUUGUAUAAUAUUUAAAUAUUUUAUCUUAUAAAAUUUUUAUAAAAUAUUUUAUGAAAUUGUAAAAAAUUUUAUAAAAAAUGAAUAAAAUACAUUAUUGAUAA